AAGACUCGGAGUGCCGAAGACCGGCCGCCGCUGAGUGCCGCCUGCCGACAGUGACUCCGAGUCUCCGACCUCUGACCUCCUAAAAGGCUAAAGACGUCCCUGACGGCCGGCUGAGUAUUCUUCAAAGCAAUGAACCCAAUUCAAAGACUUUAUUUCGUCAUUCUUAGAAAACCUCUUCUAAACCCAACUGCCUCCACUCGUGCGGCACUCCGCCGUCUCUCCGUCAAAACCGGUGAUGACGAGUGGAACGUCGCGUGGGAGACCGCAUGGCUGCCGGAGGAUCUAUCGGGGAAGAACCGAGCUCCUUGGGAGACUGACGUUAACUUCUCGCUUGCCGAUGACACCUCGAACUCUUCUCAUACUCCUCUUUCGUCGGAAGUUGACGGCGAAACCAGGGCAUUUGUGGAGGAGAUGAACGACAAUUGGGACCAGAGAAAGGGGAAAAGUCCCAAAAAAAGCUCAAACGCUGAUGAUAUUGCCAAGAAAAAUGAAAAUGAGAGGUCCAUUUAUAGUUUAGAGAAUAUGAGGAAGGAUUAUAGGGUUAAGAAACAGAGAAUACAUGCGGGAUUGUGGGUGAAGGAGAUUGAGAAGAUGGAGGAAGCGAAGCUUGGAGUUGGCGGCAAUGCUGAUGAUAUCGAAAAGUUGCUGGAUAGCGCCUCCGAGAUUUUUGACUCUGCAAAUGAUGACUUGAAGAACUAUUUACAAGUGUCAGGUUGUGAUAUAAAAAACAAGCCGGAUGGAUGGGAAACAACAGCAAAGAGUGUAGAUGGGAACAUCUGGGAGAUGUCACAGAGAGAAGAAGAUCUUUUGCUUCAAGAGUUUGAGCGUCGAAUUGCAUUCAACAAGUUCCAGAUAGGGAGCUUUAUAAAGACACACAUAUUCAGUAGAAGGAGACCAAUUGAUGGGUGGAAGUACAUGAUUGAGGAGAUAGGACCAAAUGCAAGGAAAGGAGGGAAAGGAAGUGUUACCAGGUUACCCACUUUAGCUGAUUCGUCCACUCAGCCCUUUCAUCAAGAGGGCACACCAACUCCACAUCAUGCUCAAAGAAGAGCAAGGACAAGAGCCAACUAGCUCUUCUUCUGCUAGUUCGGUCUCACGUGGUGGGGGGUUGUCUCUAAAACAUCACAUUGUAUCCAAUCUCAACAUCAUCCAUCUGUGUGUAACAUAUUACAUUUGACUAUUUGUGAUCAUAUAUUUAUUUGAUAUUUUCUCUCUUUUUUUUUUAUUCGAUUUGUGAUCAUCUGUGGUCGACUAUUAGUAAACCAAAAGGGAAAUAAGCAAAAGAACACCACCACUCAAUGAAUCUGUGUAUUAU